UAAUAACCAGUCCAAGGACAAAGAGCAAUCUCCUCUCUCAGCACACACACAAAACCCCCCUAGAAAAAAACUUCCGACACAGCUUGCCCUCCCCAAUUAUACUUACAUACAUGCUGUAUCUACCAUUUUCCCCAAUUGGGUUCUUCUCAAAUCAGCCCCUUCUUUCAUUUUGAUGUAACAACAACCACUGAUCCCAAAAUCAGUUUUAAGGUGUCGACAGUGAUCUGAUUAAAGAUGUAUAACAAAGUGGAGGCUCUACGAGAAAAAGCAGAUGCGGAAAAGUUGAUAGCAUGCAAUGAUUACGUCGGUGCAAGGGAAAAAUUAUUGAAGGCGAAGCAACUUUUUCCACCACUAGAUCAUAUUGCUGCAAUGCUGACUGUUUGUGAUAUACUCUCAGCUUCUAGAAAUAGAGUUCCAGGAUAUGAAACUGAUUAUUAUUGGGUUCUUAAUAUUAUGCCUGCAGCGUCGUCCAUUGAUUUGAAACAGCAGUACGAUAAACUCUUAAAUCUGCUGCAACCAAUCAAGGGCAAGUUCUCUGGUGCAGCCCUGGCUCUUAAGUACGUAGAUGAGGCGUUCUCUGUGCUUUCUGACAGGGUAAAGCGUUUAAUAUUUGACUCAAAACGAGCAUGUAGUUGGGAUGAGCUUGAAUCAUUUGCUAACCCCUUGCCAUCACAACCAUUUAUGGAUGCCGAGACAGGUGUUAAUGCUCAAAGUUCUUUAAUACAUUCUUCUGCUCAAGUCUGCAAUGUGCAAAAUGCAGAGGGUUUAUCAAUGCAAGUGCACGAGAGGGUUGAUGAUUUGGGACCUAAGCUAGAAGCUACUUGUGAUAGUAACAAACAAAAUAUUGUAGUUAGUUCUCAAGACUCCAGUGUAGUUUCUUCUGAUAUGAACUCUGAAGGGAAUGCAAGGGAAGACAUUGACUUGUCAAUUGAUGAUUUAAACUCAUCACUUGGACCACCUAGGAUGAGUGAUUCUUCUUGGUCUAAAAGGCAUGUUGCAUAUAAGAAGCCUGAUCAAGACUUCUUUAACUUUGAGGUCAAUAAAACAGUAGAGAAUUUUAAGAUAGGGCAAGUAUGGGCAGUUUACUAUUACUUGAAAGACGAUCAGAACUAUCUCUACGCACAGAUUAAUGCCAUAUCAAAAUCUGAGGUUCGAGUCAGUUGGUUAAAACCGGUGCCUGUAACCUUAUGCGAAAGAAGAUGGUGUGAUGCGGGUUUGCCUGUUGCUUGUGGAUCUUUCUGUCUGGAUCUAAAUUUGAGUGAAGAGAUAAUGAGUAGUACACUAGCAUUUUCCUACAAUUGUUCAUGGGUUCCUGGAGUGACAGAGGAACAAUUUGAAAUUUACCCGAAAAAGGGUGAAGUAUGGGCACUUUAUGAGGACUGGGACCUUGAUGAUUGGUGUUAUUAUCCUGAAAAAGUCAGAGGAUGCAAAUUUAAGUUUAUUGAGAUCCUUUCAGAUUUUUCGAAAAUUAUAGGAGGAGAAGGUGCUUGUUUGUCGAAAGUGGAUGGUUUUAAAAACAUCUAUCAAAGAGAAAGCGAAGAUGGGAAUCCAUCGAUAUUUCACAUAUCCCCAAGAGAUCUGUACAUAUUAUCUCACAAUGUGCCGGCAUAUAAAUUUACUGGUGGAGAGAUUGAUGGAGUCGUGAGCGGCAUGAUUGAGCUUGAUGAACUGGCACUAUCGUACAAUAGGAUACAAGAUACUGAUAGUCAACUGAUGAUAAGGGCAGGCCAAAACUCUGAUUUCAAAAAGCCUAUGGAAGCACUUCCACCUGUGGUGCGAAGCUCACAAUGCACCACGCUCGGACCUAAAUGGUCAGUAAGUGACUUUUCUACUGGUCAAGUGUGGGCUGUAUACUAUGGGGAAGAUCUGAUGCCACGUAGAUAUGCUCGAUUGAAUAGCGUGAUCUCAGGGGACGAGGUGGGUGUUACAUUCUUAGAACCUCAACUUGAAAAUAGUUAUGAUCAUAAUUUAAAGAAGGUGAUGCCCAUUGUCUGCGGGGUAUUUCAAGCCAAAGAAACCAAUGUGCAUUUAAAUAUAUCACAAGUAUCCCAUCAAGUGAAGUGCCAAAUGAGCACAACGAGGCCUAUGUACAAGAUUUACCCGAUGAAGGGUGAGAUUUGGGCUAUGUACCAAAACUGGAGUUGCAAGUGGGGCCCCGGUGAUUAUGAAAAUUACAAGUGUUGGAUUGUGGAGAUUCUAUCAGAUUUUUCAGUAGAUGAAAGAAUGGUGGUAGUUAGAUUGGGCGAAGUGAAGGGUUGUCUUACUUUCUUCCAGAGGAUUCAGCGUGACGGGUUUGACAUGUCUCGUGUAGUUUUAAAGACUGAUAUACUUGGCUUCUCUCACCAAAUUCCUGCUUUCAGAGUUCCGGGAAUCGGACGAUAUGGAAUACCUGAAAAUUCUUGGCAUUUGGAGCCAAAUGCUUUACCUCCUCCUUUCCGUAAGUGAAUCCGGACCUUGACCUUGUACCAUGUACUCAGUAGCUUUAGUUUUUAAAGUGCACCGGAAUCUUGACGAUUCAGCGGCCUUUUUUUUUUGUGGGUAAUUUGUGUUAUCUGCAUUAGCUUCCUUUGACAGCUUAUGUAGAGGACAGUAGAAAUAAAUCUGACAUAAAUUGAGCUUUCGUAGGUCAAAGCCUAGUGUAAGUUGUCUGGAUACAAUGUGUCCAGAAAUUGAAGAAUGUUGUGUUGGAUUAAUUUUUAAAGUUCCAGACUACCAUUUUAGGUUACAUUCGUUUUUUCCCCCUGGUUUUGAACGCACGAAUAACCCUGUACUUCUGUGCUAGAUAAUUUUUUUGAUAUUUCUGUAGCAUAUCUUGCAUGACUUUGCGAGGUCACAAAAUUUAAGUAUGAGGAUCUUUUUUUUUU